AUGGAUUUUAUUUUGGUCCAGCAGCCACUGAGCAGGAACAGCAGCUCUGUAGAUUAUCACUCCUUUUGGAUUAUCUGACAGCAUGCAGAAAGGAAGAUGAACCUUGAUUCUCUGGAGGGCUCAAUCCAGAACCUGCUGUCAGAGCUGUAUCCGCCCUUCGAGGCCACCGCCCCUACUCUUCUCAGCCAGCUUUUCCAAGUCAUCGAUUGUCGUUAUCAGGGAGAUGCCCUGCGGUGCCUGCUGGACUUUCUGGUCCCAGCCAAGCACAUCUUAGACACUGUGCAGCAGGCUGCAUGUGCUCAAUACUCUGAUGUACUUUUCCAGUGUGAGGGCUGGCCUCUAUGUUUGCAUGACCAAGUUGUCAUCCACCUCGCUCCCAUCAACCCCCUGCUACUUAAACCUGGCGACUUUUACCUCCAGGUGGCACCAUUCUGUGACCAGUCAGCUCGCAUCGUGGUCUGCAGCCUCCUGGAAGAGGAGGGGCUUAGAGUGGAGGUAGUUGAGGAGACCCCAAUCCCUGAAACUUCCUAUCCUUGUAUAUUCAGCUGUGACUGGUUAGUAGACAUCAACCAGGGCCGCCAUGGAACGCCUCUCAGCCAAUGCCUGCUUGCCACCGAGCAGGGCGUGGUGAGGUUACCAUGGGAACGGGUGGCCGUGCCUGAAUUUGUGGACGUGUCACUGUGUGCACGGAAGAAACCCUGUACUCCGUGCAUGAGGAGAAGACAAGGCGGAAAUGUUUCGAGAGCUCAGGAGCUGAGGUGUCGAUACAGGGACUCCUACCAGGCUGCUAUACAAAACCCUGUCACCUUUGGACAGGAAAAAGAGAGGGGCAAUAUGUUAGCUGUGGUGGUGGAGGAUAGGGUUUUCUCACAGUGUGAUGACAGACACAGGCUACCAGAGACUGAAACAGGGGAUCCCUGGUGUAAUGUUCAAGGAAUGUGGUUUGAUCCUGGAAUGCAACACCAGUCGUCUUCUUCUGUCAGUGGAGCCAUCUCUGUGGUGGACACCUCAGAGAAGUGUGAGCUGGUCAUUGUUGAAGGUCAAAAUGUAAGGAGAAGAGAAAAUACUGACUCCUGUGCAGAGAUUCCCCAGCUGCAUGUGGUCAAAUGUAAAAACAGCACAGCCUUUCGACUGGUGUCACCUAAGAUCAACAGGAGGAAGAUGGUCAUUCCAGAUGGUGCUCAGCCUGGCAGUAGAAAUGGCCACCAGACGGAGAACCCGUCACAAACACAUCCACCUCCAGCAGCAAACACGCAGACAAGCUCCCAGCCUGCCUCUGCUCGUCCCAGACCUGACCACCUUCCCUUGGGAUCACCAGACCCCAGAGCCCACCCCCUCUAUUUAGGAGUAGCAUCUCUCACAGGCGGCCGAGACAGGACAGGCAGGGCAAUAGUUGAGCUCUAUGGAGACCACCAGGGAUGGAGAUCAGCUGUAACAAGCCAGGAGCUCUUCAAGAUGUUGCUCUACUUUUACUCUAUCACCAGGAGAGAAAUCAGAGAAGUUGGGAUGACACUUAUUUUUGAUGCAAAGAAGACAAAUCCUCAGCCACAGCUCUAUAAGGCCUUGAUGACGCUUCAGGAGCAGACUCCCCUGGCAGUAAACAGUUUCGUGCUGCUGGUGGACAAGGAGAGCAGCCUUCGGCCAGAGCGGUGUCCUGGCACCCAGACUGAAGUGGUGACAUCGAUGAAAGCCUUGUUCAAGUUGGUGGAGGUGAGUCAGCUGAGCUCCCGCUUGGAUGGCACACUGUCUCACAGCCACUGUGACUGGAUAGAGCUGCACCAGAAACUCUUCCCAUUUGUGACUGAUCUUCAUGAGGCAUCCAGCCUUCUACUGAGGGCCAUCAGUAAGUUAGAGGAGCCCCAGACGACGGACUCUGUACAGACUGUGCAGCAGUGCAUGAUGGACCAGAGGACUUUAAUGAGGGAUGUACUGGAGGACAGCCGAUUGGUCAGCCUGCAGAGGGAGGGCGGAGCCAUCCUGGCCAGGCUGAGGAAGGAGAGUGACCUCAAGUACCCCCACUGUGAGGACCUCAGUGAUGCAGUGGACUCUGUGACAAGCCUGUACAACCACGUGGAGGAGCAAGCUCACAUCCUCGUGCAGAGGUCCAACAUGUCGCUGGAACACCUUGAGUAUCUGCUGCAAAUCAGAGAGAUGGAGGGACACUUCAUGCAGAUGCAACAGUGGUUUAAUGUAGAGGGAGAGCGCCACCUGCUGGAGGCUGAAUCAGUUGAGGACUCUGGAGACAAAAUGGAGGAGAUCCUCAACAGCUUCACUGGUUUCCUUAUUGAAGCUAAUGACCGAAGGCAGCAUGCCAUGACAUUAGUGUCAGAGUCAGAGCGACUCCAGCAGAAUGGGCUCUCCUAUCCAGAGACAGAGGCGUUUUGGACUCUAGUUUGCACCUUCAAGUCAGGCCUGGAGGGCUUUCUGUACAGGGCAGAGGCAUGCGGCAGGGAGCUGCAGAUCAUGGUUAACGUGUGUGAUUUUUGUGAGCAGGCUACAGCUCUGGCCAGCGAAUGCAUUGAGUACCUGGAACAGAGUCAAUCCAGAAAAUAUGCUAUGAAAGACCAAGACCAGUCUACAACACCUGUCAAUCAAACACACACUCUGCCGAUACACCAAAACCAAGACUCUGCAUCCACUGCAUCUUCUUCCCCGUCUGAUAUCCAGGCCAGACAUGGCUUAGAUCCAAACAACACCAGCAUUUUACUGUCAGGCAAUGACAGCUCCAUCCUCCAGACUUUCCAAGACAGGUUCCUCCAGUUCAGCCCUGAGAGAUUUCAGGAGGUGAAGGCCCAGGCCACCGCCCUGAGGGGCUCCAGGGGGAUGCGGGUCUGGAACAUAGCCUGGCUGAGAUGCCAGGAGGCUAGUCAGCAACUUCAGGAGAGGAUGCAAGAUGUGGAUGAGGUUUUCAACCAGCAACCAGAUUCUAGCAGCUUGUGUGAAAGUCAUUAUAUUGAUGUGGUGAGCACUAAUGUUCAGACACUGUCCCCCGGUGGCCAGAAUCUGGUGGUCCAAUCCACUCCCGGACCUCGGCACCCGCAGUGGGAGGGCAUCAUGUCGGGAGCGGUGGAUUUAGGGAAGAGAAAACCUAUCCUGGGCGGCAACAGCACUAAUUCAACAACUGUAGCCUGCUGUAACAUCACUGUCAAACCUGAGGAUCAGAGUGAUGAGGGACCCAGCCAAGGGUCAGAGGUCACUCCACAGUCACCUCACAGGAGAACAGAAAGAGAGACAAGGAGGAGACAGAUGAGCAGAGCAAGGAGUGAGAGAGAUGCCGCUGCUCUGUCUCAGUCCCACACUGUGGGCUGCCAGUGGUUUCCAUGGGGACGAGGUCUUGGAGUGAGGUCGGUGAGCCAGGACUCAUGCACCCCUGGAGUAGCGACUGCGGGGUCAUCAACUCCUCCAGAGCAGCGGGUUCGACCCCCGUCAUCCUGCUCCCACCACGGUCAGCCAUCAUGUCGCAUCCUUCAGGAGGCGCAGAAGUUCCAGAUCUCCCGCCACGGCAGCUUCUGCUCAGAAGACUCCUGCAUGAGCAACCAGGGGGCUGCAGGGGGUAAUAGGACUUUAUGCUGCAAACACUCCAGCCUGCCCAUCGGGAGAUAUGAGGGGGCGUUAUGUUUGGCAAAUCCACGGGAGAGUGCCAGCAAUGCCCUGAGGCUGCAGCGUGUCCUGGAGGAGCUGGUGUUCACAGAGAGAGAAUACGUCCGCUCGCUGGGCUACAUCCUGACCCAUUACCUCCCCCUGUUGGACAGACCAGACAUCCCCCAGGACCUCAGGGGCAAGCGAGGAGUCAUCUUCGGCAACCUGGAGAAGCUUUACGACUUCCACAGCCAUUACUUGCUACCAGAGCUUGAGGCCUGCCAGAGGGAUCCCGCCAUGGUGGCACGCUGCUUUCUCAGACACAGCGACAGUUUUGGCCUGUAUGCUCUGUAUAGCAAGAACAAACCUCAGUCAGACGCCCUAAUCCUACACCGUCGCCAUGACAUCUUCAAGAAGAAGCAGCAGGAGCUUGGGGACAUGAUGGACCUUUCAUCCUAUCUGCUGAGGCCCAUCCAGAGGAUCAGCAAGUACAGCCUCUUGCUGCAGGACAUGCUGUCUCUGGCUGGCUCCUACAAGCCAAAAGACAUGAUCCAGGAUACACUGCUAGCAUCUAGUGUGUGCGCACAAAGUGUGUGUGGUCCAGAUGUGUAUGGGCCUGAUCUGACAAGCAAUGAGAUGGAGCGAGAGAGGGCUGAGAUCCGAGCCGCUGCAGACUUGGUUCGGUUUCAGAUGCGUCACGGCAACGAUUUGCUCACCAUGGACGCCAUCCAGGACUGUGAUGUGAAUUUAAAAGAGCAGGGCCAUCUGAUUCGCCAAGACGAGUUCACAGUUUUCUUUAAGAAGAAGAAAUGUGUCCGCCGCAUCUUUCUCUUUGAAGAUCUUGUCCUCUUCAGCAAGACCAAGAGGACAGAUAUUGGCAAUGAUGUUUAUGUCUACAAGCAGUCAUUCAAGACAAGUGACAUUGGGAUGACCCACAACUCAAGUGUGAGCGGUUUGUGUUUUGAGAUCUGGUUCCGCAGGAGGAAAAGUGAGGACACCUACACCCUGAAGGCCUCCAGCAUGGAGGUGAAGAAAGCCUGGACUACUGACCUGGAAAAGAUUCUUUGGGAUCAGGCCACUCACAGUAGAGAGCUGCGUCUGCAGGAGAGGGUUUUCAUGGGAAUGGGCCGCAAACCUUUCAUGGACAUUCAGCCCAGUGAUGCUGCCAUCUGUGACCGAGCCAUCAGCUGUAGCCUGCCUGGGAGAAUCCCUGUGGCGUGUUGUUCACACAGGGGCUUAGAAUAUCCACGACCACACUCCAUCGGCUCUGGAAGCACGGCCUCCACUACCCUCAGCCAAUCAUCUUCCUCCUCUGGCCGGGGCUCGCUACCCCCUGCGGGUUAUCCCGGGAACCAGUCACAAGGAGUGGAGCCCUGUCCUGCAGUUUGCUCCUCCCCUGAGGCUGUGGCUGAAAAUGAACUCAACAGCCUUCAUCUUCAUCAGCAUCAUCUUCAUUGUAACUGUGAACAAUGGAAAAUACAUCAUCCUCCGAUGGACAGCACUGGAUCGUCUGGAGAAUGUAUCGACCUCUUCAGCAGCUCAGACCGCAGCUGCCUUUCUGCCAUUGGUGGAGAGGAAGUGGACGACUCCUCCUCAUUUGUAUCCCAGAGUUCAAAGCCCUGCCCACCACUUUGUCGGACCCCCAGUCUGAGGAGAAACGGCCCACCAGUGGUUACCAGAAAGAAACCAGCUGUCGCCCCCAAACCUCCACAUCUGGCUAAUCUGUCUCAGGGCGAUGACAUUAUAAUCGGAAAAUCAACGGAAGUUUAACCCUGGAUUCCCUCCAGAAGCUGUCAAGUCCUGUUGGAGAUCUUCUGGUCACCCUGCAGAUGGACGGUUUUAGAGUGAAAAACGUUAUUUUGUGUGGCAACACAAUGACACGGCAGUCAGCUUUGUCUGGUCACAAGGUCUUGUUUUUAAGGAUUUAUUGAAGAAAUUGAGGUUUGGUGUGUUGGUAAUAUGUAAUAUUAUAUAAUAAGAUAAUGUAAUAAUAUUUGAACAAAAACACAAUAUUGCAACAUUGAGCCGCCAAUACAGAAUAUGUCUUUGUCCACAACAUGUGGUGCUUUGGUCCAGUUAAAUCAUCUUCAUCAUCAACCAUUUUUUUGUUUUAAUGUGGAAUAAAGUAGCAUCUGCUACUGCUACAGUGCAUUAAAAACAUGAAGAAAACA